AUGCAUAUGUGGAUGCAUUUUAAUUGCAAUGAAACUAACAAUGGUACCUCUUGGACCCUCUCCAGUUCACCAAUCAUUAAAUAGUGUAACAUCAACACCUUCUACUGGGACUAAAGGCAGUUCGGCUGUUAAACCCAAUUAUACUUUGAAAUAUACACUCGCUGGACACACCAAAGCUGUAUCUUCAGUCAAAUUCAGUCCGAACGGAGAAUGGCUAGCAAGUUCAUCUGCUGAUAAACUUAUUAAAAUAUGGGGAUCUUAUGAUGGAAAAUUUGAAAAAACUAUUCAAGGACAUAAGUUAGGAAUCUCAGAUGUAGCGUGGUCUAGUGAUAGCCGAUUAUUAGUUUCUGCUUCUGAUGACAAAACUCUAAAAAUAUGGGAGCUUAGCUCGGCUAAGUGCUUAAAAACCCUGAAAGGUCAUAGUAACUACGUUUUUUGUUGUAAUUUUAAUCCUCAAUCCAAUCUCAUUGUUUCUGGUUCAUUUGAUGAAAGUGUUAGAAUUUGGGAUGUUAGAACAGGAAAGUGUUUAAAAACAUUACCAGCUCACUCUGAUCCUGUAAGUGCUGUUCAUUUCAAUAGAGAUGGAUCCUUAAUUGUAUCCAGCAGUUAUGAUGGAUUAUGUUUAAAAAGUAUAAUUAUAUCAUUAAAUAGCCGUAUAUGGGAUACUGCAUCUGGACAAUGUUUGAAAACUCUUAUUGAUGACGAUAAUCCACCAGUAUCAUUCGUUAAAUUUUCUCCCAAUGGGAAAUAUAUUUUGGCGGCUACACUGGAUAAUACUCUUAAAUUGUGGGAUUAUAGCAAAGGAAAAUGUCUGAAAACUUACACAAGCCAUCGUAAUGAGAAAUACUGCAUAUUUGCCAAUUUUUCUGUCACCGGCGGCAAGUGGAUUGUUUCUGGAUCAGAAGAUAACAUGGUAUACAUUUGGAAUUUACAAACAAAAGAAGUUGUUCAAAAACUUCAAGGUCAUACAGGUAUGACUUAUCUUAUUAUAUUAUUUAUUUUAUCUGCUGAUAAACUUAUUAAAAUAUGGGGAUCUUAUGAUGGAAAAUUUGAAAAAACUAUUCAAGGACAUAAGUUAGGAAUCUCAGAUGUAGCGUGGUCUAGUGAUAGCCGAUUAUUAGUUUCUGCUUCUGAUGACAAAACUCUAAAAAUAUGGGAGCUUAGCUCGGCUAAGUGCUUAAAAACCCUGAAAGGUCAUAGUAACUACGUUUUUUGUUGUAAUUUUAAUCCUCAAUCCAAUCUCAUUGUUUCUGGUUCAUUUGAUGAAAGUGUUAGAAUUUGGGAUGUUAGAACAGGAAAGUGUUUAAAAACAUUACCAGCUCACUCUGAUCCUGUAAGUGCUGUUCAUUUCAAUAGAGAUGGAUCCUUAAUUGUAUCCAGCAGUUAUGAUGGAUUAUGCCGUAUAUGGGAUACUGCAUCUGGACAAUGUUUGAAAACUCUUAUUGAUGACGAUAAUCCACCAGUAUCAUUCGUUAAAUUUUCUCCCAAUGGGAAAUAUAUUUUGGCGGCUACACUGGAUAAUACUCUUAAAUUGUGGGAUUAUAGCAAAGGAAAAUGUCUGAAAACUUACACAAGCCAUCGUAAUGAGAAAUACUGCAUAUUUGCCAAUUUUUCUGUCACCGGCGGCAAGUGGAUUGUUUCUGGAUCAGAAGAUAACAUGGUAUACAUUUGGAAUUUACAAACAAAAGAAGUUGUUCAAAAACUUCAAGGUCAUACAGAUGUCGUGCUUUGUACAACAUGCCACCCAACCGACAAUAUUAUCGCCUCAGCAGCUCUGGAAGCUGAUAAAACUAUUAAAUUAUGGAAAAGUGAUACAUAG